AAAAUCUUAGUUUAGGUAGGAAGCCACCAGUUGUGCAAGAGGAAGGUGAUUUACCACAAUGCUCACACCACUAGCAACUUUGAUUCUUCUUAUUUCAGUGUCUCUGACUCAACCUGCGGAGUUUCCUCCCCAGAUCUCCUUGAUGGAGGUUGGAAUUGGUCAAAAUGCAUCUUUACAAUGUCAGGUUUCAGAGAAGGAAGGCAAAUUCUUCCAUUGGUACAAACAGACUCAUGGAUACCUGAUCCAAACAGUCGCCACAGGAACUUUUUCCAUGCAAUCGCUCCAGGGGCAAUUUAGGAACUCGCGUUUCGCAGUAACAGAGGGGAUGUCCCAUUAUUCUCUGACCAUCGCAAAUGUGGCGAAGGAGGAUGAAGCAACAUACUUCUGUCAAAAUGGAACGGCGUACUCACAGACCUUUGUGAAUGGCAUCUUCCUGGCUGUGAACGAUCAGAAUCAGCAGAAAUCUGUUAUUGUGCAACAAAGUCCAGAGACUGCAUCAGUCAGACCAGGAGCCUCAGUGAUCCUCCAGUGUUCACUUCUCUUCAAGCACAAAGAAAACCUGGUCCAGUGUCCAGGUGAACACAGUGUGCACUGGUUCCGAGCCGGAUCAGGACGCUCCCGUCCUGACUUCAUUUACACUCAGUGUAGCAGAGAUGAACAAGAGGAGAAGAGCUGCGUCUACAGUCUGUCCAAAACUAUACACAACUCCUCAGAUGCUGGGACUUACUACUGCGCUGUGGUCACAUGUGGAGAGAUCCUGUUUGGUGGAGGAACCAAAGUGGAGACAACACAAGAGCAGAACCUACUGGUAAUUGCACUGGGGGUGCUGUUGGCUCUGUGUGUGAUUGUGAUUGCCGUCCUCGUUUGUCUCCCUCGAUCAUGAGAGAAACCUGCUGGACAUGUAGCUGCAGCUCGGGACGUCAUUUGUGAAUAAUAAUCAUGCUUCCAUUUGUGCAAAUUUUGUUUUUCAAUUUUGACUUCUUCACACAACUUGUAAAUUUGUUUUUAUCCUAGGCGACUUACAAUUAGUGCUUUCAACAUCUAUGAGGGGCCAUUUUUAUUUAGGGGUUCAGUAUCUUGCCCAAGGACCCUUCGGCAUGCAGAUGAGGAAGAGUGACAAUUAAACCGGCAACCUUCUUGUUGGCGGACGACCACUCUACCUCUAGGCCAAACCAACCUGUAGGGAUGAACCUUGCCUUCAGAGGAUAAGGAUGUACCAUAAAGAUUCUAAUAGUAUUUGUAUUUACAGUUAAUAACAUCAAGCCAACUGUUCUAUCAACUGUCAGUCUUGCCAUGAUUCAAAAUAAUUAUUUCUAAAGAUGGGGACAUGGAGGCGGUGAACUAAUCUAUUGGUGGAAUUCUCUACAAAAUAAAACAAGAGGGAGAAAUAAGAGAAAUGAUGAAACCCUGCAAGGAGUAAAUGUGUGUUAAUGCUGUUGAAGAAAUAUUCAUGUGGGUGAGGACAGUGCAGAGACUCAGAGACCAGCUGAUAGACAAGCCUCUCAAAGCUUAAUGUAUGUAGUGCUGCAUCUGAGUGUGAACAUCCGCUGAUCACUUGACCCGGGGGCUGCAGGUGGAUGGAUACACAACAGACAGGAAGACCAUGUCUCCAAAUGAAGCCUGUACCUGUGCACCUCCAUAUCCCGGGGCCGUUCAGAAACAUGCACACUUCAAGAAAAGCGUGUUCCAGCCUCAAUGUCUGUUUGCUAAUGUUGCCUUGUUUAAUAAUAAUAAAUAUAAUUCUCUUAAUGCA